GCCCUUUAUAAAAGCCAACAACUACCCCGUGGCACACCGUUGCUUCCUCUCCCUUUCCAUUUCCUUCCUUGUCCUUUCCUCCAAUCGAAUUGGUUCCCCAAAUCUUAGGGUUAGGGUUUCGUCUAUUCCGUACCUUCCUCCCAUAUUAGCGCGUCUGGUCCCUGAGCUUGCUUUGCGCGUGGGAUGAUGGGCACUGCCGUGGACCUAGGACGGAGGCAGGGCGACAGCCGCUUCUACGACGCUGCCAGGGCUCGACGAGGGCACCAUCACGGCCUUCCCAAGUCGAGGUGCGCAGCCGCCGCCGUUACCCAGGAGAAGGCGCCGGAGGAGCCCUCCCGGCUGCCAGCGUCCCCCGUAGGAGUUGCAGGCAACCUCAAGAGGUUCGUGGCAGCCGUUACGCUGUCCGUGCCGGCGGAGUACCCCUCCGAGAGAGGAGAGUGGAGGGGUUGCGGCGUGGAUGCCAACCGGGAGAGGCCCUACUUCGUUCUUGACGACCUAUGGGAGGCGUAUAAGGAGUGGAGUGCGUAUGGUGCCGGGGUGCCGCUCGUUCUUGACGGGUGCGACGGGGUCGUGCAGUACUAUGUGCCUUACUUGUCCGCCAUCGAGCUCUAUGGAGACUCAUCAGUCCUGCAGUCAUCUUCCAACCCAAGGUUACAUAUGAUGGACGACAGUGAUGAAGAUUUCCGUGAUUCCAGCAGUGAUGGUAGCAGUGAUUAUGAACAUGUAAGGGCCAAACACUUUGCUCAGGAAGGCUUCUCAAGGGAUGUUGGUGAAUCUGGAGUUACUCAUGGCCGCUUGCUCUUUCAGUACCUCGAGUUUGAUUCUCCGUUUUGCCGUGAACCUUUCACUGAUAAGAUUUCUAGCCUUUCAGCUAGAUUUCCAGGAUUGAGGACCCUUAGGAGUUGUGAUUUAUCAGCGCGGAGUUGGAUGAGCAUCGCUUGGUACCCAAUUUAUCGUAUCCCUACUGGACCAACAUUAAAAGAUUUAGAUGCCUGCUUUCUCACUUUCCAUCAGCUUUCAAAUUGCCCGCAAGGAGAUAAUCUGUGGGCUCCUGAUAGCACACCAAACAUACCACUCCCAGUUUUUGGUUUGGCUUCCUACAAGUUUAGCAACUCAGUCUGGUCCUCAACUGAUGGUGAUUGGAAACUGGCUAGCUGCUUAAGGCAAGCUGCUGCCGACUGGCUGAGAGACAGCCGUGCCGGCCAUCCAGAUUAUCAGUUCUUUGUCUCCCGUGGUGCAUACAACAGCAUACAUCCAACCGAUGCUGGAAAAAGAGGUCGCGGCAGUUUCCCCUUCUCCUCUCUUCCACCGCCCCUUUUGAGAGUCGCUCAUCCCCGGCUGGCCCGAUCUGAUGCCUCGUCCGUCGGCGACGCUGGCUGGCGAUGGCUGCUGGAAAAAGAGGUCGCGGCAGUUUCCCCUUCUCCUCUCUUCCACCGCCCCCUUUUGAGAGUCACUCAUCCCCGGCCGGCCCGAUCUGGUGCCUCGUCCGUCGGCGAUGCUGGCUGGCGAUGGCUGAGGAGAGGUCCCUGGUUCUUCCAUAUGUAUAUUAGAGUAGCAGUAGACUUAGUUAGACUUGGCUUUAUGCCGUGGUGUGGCCUCAUGCCAGUCGGGAUACCUGCUGCUAGACCUUGUGAGCAGAGUCUGGUGGUGGCUGUGAUUCACACUUAUAUUUGAGCUUAAAGUCUGAGUGUAUACCGAAUUAGGCUUUUCCUUCGAUCGGUUUAUGUCAGAGUUCACACUACAACACACAUUUUCUUUUGAGUCUUCUGUGAGUUACUUUUGAACCGAUACACCAAAUCAGGCGUUACACCGCUCAAACAAACUAGAAGAAAAUCGUCAAUGGAUUUAUCACAAUAUUAUAAAAAUACAAAUAAAUGUAUACACAAUUUUUUAACAAUAAAUGUUAUCAAAGAUUGAUGUAUUUACCUCUCCCAAGAUAGUAACAUGUUCUAGAAGAUGUGUUUUGUUGCAGUAGUACCUAAAUGGUGAAUUGCAUGUUCUAGAAUAUAGGCUUUUGCAUAUUGCAAUCAAUUUAUUUAUUUAUGGAAUUGAGUUUCUGGUUGUAACUUGUUCGAACAUUUGUUUAAAGGGAACAAAAUACUCCAUAUGUUUGUCUUCAAUUAAUGGAUAAUAAUAAUACACUUGCUUUUGUGAGAUGGUAUCUUAAGCAUAAAUAAUAAAGGCAUUCAAGUGUUAUUAUCAUUUGUAAUGCAGAGCACAAUAAAGAGUUUAAUGUUUUUGUAGCCCCUUCUUUAUUUUGUGAAUCAGAUAUGAUAGGUCUUUCUAUUAUACGGUCGAUUUUUUAUCGAAAUACAUUGCAAGUGAAGGGGAUUUUAAAUCAUUUUUGUGUGUUAUUGGCUAUCUUUUCUGUUCAUAUUAAAUUCGACAUGCAACCAGUACAAAUUUUACAAAGCCCAUGGCAACGCACGGGCUGUCAACUAGUGUAUAUUAGAGUAGCAGUAGACUUAGUUAGACUUGGCUUUAUGCCGUGGUGUGGCCUCAUGCCAGUCGGGAUACCUGCUGCUAGACCUUGUGAGCAGAGUCUGGUGGUGGCCGUCGUUGUCUCCUACCUCGCCUCCAUGGUGGAGGGGACUGGUGGACAUCGGAUCUGGCAGUAUCCCUCCCAAUAAGCUCACGUCUGCCCAACGUCUAGGAGCUGCGGUGGCUCCUUCCUCUGUUUCUUGCCGUCGUGGACUCGUGGUGAUGGCAGCAGAAAGGUGGAGAGAUCUCGCCUCGCCUCCUCUCGUGGUGCUGGGCCUCGCCGGAUCCGAGCUUCCGGCGUAGGUGGUGUUAUCCCCGCAUCUGGGAAAGGGCUUCCGGUAUCUCGUUGGAAGCUGGUGAUGGGGAUCCUAAGCUCAUUCGAUGGUGGAUCUGGAGGAGCUACGGCAUCGGUCUCCUCCAACAAUCCAUCGAUUCCUCUGGCCGAAGGGCGACCAUCCUUGUUCCUCCCAGCCACGAUGCCAGAAGGGAGGCAGUGCUGUGCCAAAUUGGAGUCUGUGGCUUGCUACAGAGGUCUCGCGGGACCAAGUGGUCCGUCCCCAGCGCCGGCGAUGAUUGUAUCCACUGCGGCGCAGCGUGGACCCGAUCGCAUUUUCAGUUUUAUGUUUGGGGUCCUUUCUAUAAGAUGCGGGGACUUGUUUUUAUUUUCAGUUUCUUUAGUGUCCUUGUUGUAAGCUGUAAUGUCUCUUCGUCAUAGUCAAUGAAGUGUUGGGUCCUUCUGGGCCCUUCUA